CACAGAAGUUAUCAACACAUCGCUAAGUAGAGAUCAAGUGUGAGAGUAAAGUGUUGUGAUUGUGUGAAAAUGUCUACAUUACAAAUGUUGAGAGCGUUGGUGGAUCAGCGACUAACUGCUGCUGUUGAAGAAAUAUUUGUAGUGUUAGAAAGAACGAUAGCAGAAUACCAGGCGGAACUUUCUAGAACAAAAGAGGAUUACAAUCAACUACUGGACGCUGUUUUCAAGAAACCUCAAGUUGUGUUACACAGAACAGAUGUCGAAGAACAUAUUUUUCGUGAGCAGGAAGAGGAACCACAUUCCCCCCACAUUAAAGAGGAAGUUGAGACGCCACAGACCCAUAGUGUUAAACUGACCCUUCACAUUAAAGGGCAAGCGGAGGACCCUCUGAACUUACACAUCAAAAAUAAAGAGGAGGACCCACUGACCCCUCACAUUAAACAGGAAGAGGAGUACCCACUGACCCCUUACUUCAAAGAGGAAGAGGAGGACCAAGAGGCGCCGCACAUUAAAGAGGAAGAGGAGGAAGAGGGCAUCAGUCAGCCUAAAUGGUUGGAGGAGUUCCCAGUGACUGGUGUCCCUGUGAAGAGUGAAGAUGAUGAGGUGAAAGGUGAAAGUGAGGAGAGGGGAGGGGGGGAGCCUCCAAGCAGCAGCUCAACACAACACAUGACAACAGAAGCUGAUGGAGACCACUGUGGAGGAUCACAAGCAGACAAGCUCUUAGCUCCACUAUCAGAUAGUGAGGACACAACGUCACACUCUCCUGACACUGAUGAUGAAGACUCUAAAGAUGAUAAGACAUGUCACACUGACAACACUCACUUCACAUCUUCUCACUCUCACAAAACUUUUAAAUACCGUCGUAGUCUGAAAAGACACAUAAGAUCACACACUGGAGAAAAACCUUUUUCUUGUUCACUCUGUAGUAAAGGUUUUACACAACGUCAAAAUGUGAAAGAACACAUGAGAACACACACUGGAGAAAAACCUUUUUCUUGCUCAGAAUGUGGUAAAGGUUUUGUUCUCAGUGAACAUUUGAAAGUACACAUGAGAACACACACCGGUGAAAAACCUUUUUCCUGUUCAAUCUGUGGUAAAGAUUUUACACAAAGUAAUAAUUUGAAAAGACACAAGAGAACACACACUGGAGAAAAACCUUUUUCCUGUUCGACCUGUGGUAAAGGUUGUACAAGCAGUACAGAUGUGAAAGGACACAUGAGAACACACACUGGUGAAAAACCUUUUUCUUGUUCAAUCUGUGGUAAAGGUUUUACACAAAGUCAGGAUGUGAAAAGACACAUGAGAACACACACUGGUGAAUAAUCACAUUCCUGUUGAAUCUGCAACAGAAGCUUUGGUGAACGUUCAAAGCUUGUAGUACACACGAGAAGACACCCAGGAGAGAAAGUGUUGAGUUGCAGUGUGUGUGGUGAAAGAUUGUCUUCUAAGUACCAGUGUAAGAAACACAAGUGUGCUGGUGAGAACAGCAGCAGCAAAUGAAACUGCAGGAUUUGAAAUAAACUGUCCAGACUUUCAUUUUGACUUUCUAACAACAUCAGCACAUAUAACAUGUGUGACAUUGUUGUUUGUCCAACAAUCUUUUUAAUAUGCUUCUACAUUUAUAGAUUGGAUAGUUUGAAAUAUUGAAGUGUGACAUAUUUGUAUUUGUAAUUAUUAAUCAUCCCAUAGAUUAUCACCUUUAUAUGAUAUACAUAUGUACUGGUUCACAUCUGAAACAUCUUCUGGACCACUUCAGGAAGCAUAUUAUUAUUUACUUUAUACAUCAUUUGAACAGUUGUCUUUUAUACAAUUUUAAAAUGUGUGACUUUAUGAAUCAUUUGUUGGGUCUCUGUAAUCCAUUUUAUUAAUCAUCUUUACUACUCUCUUUUGUAAUAUGAUGAUUGUGUUGUGAUUGUUUUAUACUUUAACUUAAUAUGUAUGUACUUGUACGUUUAUGCAAUAAAAAGUGAGAGAAAAUGG